CUUCCUCUGCUCGCGGUAGGCAAGUAGACGUAACUGUCGUAAGUUAGCGGUUGAAAUUAGAUCUUAUUGAUACUCCUACAGCGCUGAACGUUGUUUCGGAAAAGUGACAGCGUUGCUGGUUCUGCCGGUGACCGACUGGUUUUGUAAACCAGUUAUUCGACUGUUUAGUCGGUCCCCUCCUCCUCACCCCCCGCUUUGUGCCGGUACGGUGGCCGAGGAGGCUCUCGUGCGGCGGAAGUACCGGGCGGGUGGGUGUGCGUACCCGGGACUGAGGUGCACGUGGCGCCGGUAGGAGCGAGCAUGUCUUUCCGAGGCGGAGGUCGUGGAGGCUUUAAUCGAGGUGGCGGCUUCGGUCGCGGCGGCAGCAACAACCACUUCCGAGGUGGAGGCGGCGGUAAUUUCAGAGGCGGCGGCGGCGGCAGAGGAGGAUUUGGACGAGGGGGUGGCCGCGGAGGCUUUAACAAAGGGCAAGACCAAGGACCUCCAGAACAAGUAGUUUUAUUGGGAGAGUUCCUGCACCCCUGUGAAGAUGACAUAGUUUGUAAAUGUACCACAGAUGAAAAUAAGGUGCCUUAUUUCAAUGCUCCAGUUUAUUUAGAAAAUAAAGAACAGAUUGGAAAAGUGGAUGAAAUAUUUGGACAACUUAGAGAUUUUUAUUUUUCAGUUAAAUUGUCAGAAAACAUGAAGGCAUCUUCCUUUAAAAAACUACAGAAGUUUUAUAUAGACCCAUAUAAGCUGCUGCCAUUGCAGAGGUUUUUACCUCGACCUCCAGGUGAGAAGGGACCUCCAAGAGGCGGUGGCAGGGGAGGUCGAGGAGGAGGAAGAGGCGGAGGUGGCAGAGGUGGUAGAGGUGGUGGUUUUAGAGGAGGAAGAGGUGGAGGUUUCAGAGGAGGAAGAGGGGGUGGUGGUUUCAGAGGAAGAGGACAUUAAGUGUAACAGUUGACAGAGACUUCACCAGUUGACUUCUGCCUCCAUGAUAUACUUCUGUGGGUCAGAAACUUGUUUCUUGGGCCAGUCCUGAAGAACCGAUCACUUUAUGACAGUGGAACUCAGAUGUCAACAUCAUGCAAAAACGAGAGCGGCAGAACAGGCAAUUUUGCUCUAAAAGAGUAUGAAUAAGUGUUUUAAUGUUUUUACAAUGCUUGGAACUGUGUGGGUGUUUAAUAAAGGGACCUCUUUCAUUUGAAGUAUAUUUGAAUUUUUAAAAUAAAGUAUCUUAUUCCUUUAAGUUA